AUGGAGUGCCAUACAGAGCUGUACGCCAUGUGUGCUGCCAUCUGUCAUUUUAGAGACACAGACGAAGAGAAACAACUCUACAUCUACACUGACCACGCCCCCUGGCGGCGCUGUUCGAAAAAUGUACCCCAAACAGGUCUCUUAGACAAUGGAAAUAGUCCAGCGAUUGACGAUAACAAUUGUCUGUCACAGAGAGGUUUAAAUACUUUAGACUGGGGAAAAAAUGGUUUAGCAUCAUCACUGGGUGAUGCCAUUUUUAUAUGGAAUGGAUCAAAAGAGAUUCAGAAAAUUACAGCUUUUGACGAAACAAAUCAAGAAAUGUUUGCCACAGCACUGAAGUGGAAUAAGAACGGUAAUCAUCUCGCAAUAGGAAUAGAGAGAUCCUGUAUUCAGGUGUGGAAUGCAACAUCACUUAAGAAAGUCCAAGAAAUGUGGUGUGCAUGUGCAGCCAGUACUGGCUGUGUAAUAGCAGCUCUUGAAUGGCAUCCAAGGGAGAACAUUUUGUCAUAUGCAUGGCAUCCAUGGGAUUCAUCACUGAUUGUAACAGCAGGUAUCACAGGUGAAGGUGACUUGUAUCUUUGCAACAUUGAAAAAGUCAGUAUUGUAGCAAAAUAUACAGCUGGAGAUGGAUGUCUAUCAAAGGUUAUAGCCUUAACUUGGAGUCCUGUUACUGCUGAACUUGUAGUGAGCAUGCAAGUAAAUCGUAACUCAAAUGAUGCAGAUGUUGUCUGGAAGACUGAAAUAUUGGUACUUGCUAGUCUUACUAAGGUUGUCGACAAACUUGACAUGGAAGGUACUCACUGUCAUAGUCCAUACCUUUUGUGGAGUCCUGAUGGACAUGACAUUGCCACUGCCAGCUCUGAUGAGACACUGCGAAUCUGGAAUUUUCUUGGUGUGGAAAAAAGGAGAUGCCCAUUCCCAGCUCAUAAGAAACUAUUUAAAAAGCCUAGAUUAAAUAUCAGAAGCUGUUGUCUUACACCUUUUAAUUAUAUUAGCUGUAUUAUUCGUUGA